AUUCCGAUAAAUUACACGAGUGUACACAAGUAAACAUUACGCCCAACGCGGAAGUAUUCCACAGGAAUUGCUGUCCUUUAAUCUUACCAUGGCUUUCCAUCAGUCACCCAGAAGCGCCACAGUCUUCAGAGAUGAUAAACUGCAUACAGAUUUCCAGACGUCCAAUGCGGAGUUUACCUUGGAGAUUUAUAAGCGUUUGACUAAAAUGUCCACAGACGGAAAUUUGUUCUACUCGCCUUUCUCAAUCUCCGCCGCCAUGUCCAUGGUUUAUCUUGGUGCCAGGGAGCAGACGGCAGACCAGAUGAUUCCCGCGCUUAGUAUUCAAUCCUUAGGUCAGCGAGUGCAUGAUGCUUAUGAGGAUUACUUGAAGGUGGUUUUAGGUAAAAGCGAUAAUGUCACACUUCAUAUUGCCAACAGACUAUAUCCUAACAGUAAGACGGACAUUGUACCAUCUUUCAUUGAGCUAUGUGCUAAGCACUACCAAGCUGACACCAAAACAAUGGACUAUCGACAAUUUGAAGCUGCAAGAAAAGAAAUUAACGAAUGGGUAAGCCAGCAGACAGCAGAGAAAAUAAAAGACCUUCUUCCUGAGGGAUCUCUAAAUCCAUUAACAAUGAUGGUAUUGGUAAAUGCCAUCUACUUCAAAGGUGACUGGGAGACACCAUUUGACGACAAAGUUACUAAAGAUAUGACUUUCCAUAACCUUAACGGUCAACAAAAGACUGUGAAAAUGAUGAUUGAGAAAGCUACAAAAUUUCCGUUCAAACAAGAUGAUGAAUUAAAAUGUAAGGUUUUGGAAUUGCCCUAUAGAGGAAAUGACCUCUCAAUGGUCAUUAUUUUGCCAAAUGAUAUAGACGGAUUACCUGCCCUUGAAGAGAAAUUAACCCCUUCCGUAAUUAAAGGACUUACGACAAAAAUGCCACCUAUAAAAGUGGAAGUGUUUCUACCAAAAUUUAAACUUAAAUCGAGAUUUGAGCUUUCAAAAUUGUUCCAGAGCAUGGGAAUGACAGAUCUGUUUGAUGGAUCCAAAGCCGACCUGACUGGCACAGACGCUUCCAAGAUGUCGUAUGUGUCCGCCAUCUUUCACCAAGCUUUUGUAGACGUAAACGAGAAAGGCACCGAAGCAGCUGCAGCAACAGCCGUUGUAAUGAUGUUUGGAAUGGCUCGUCCAACAACGCCAAUACAGUUCAAGGCCGAUCACCCAUUCAUGUUUGUCAUCAAAGACAAUCGAUCCGACACAAUUUUGUUUGUUGGAAGGUAUGUCGAUGUCGUUUAAACGCCAGAAAGGGACGAAUCACGAAGAUAAAUAUAGAGGACCUUGUAUUACCUAUCACACACCAGACUUUAUGUACUGAUAUACGUUUAGUGCAAUGGAACUUUCCUGGCAGCUACAGUUGGUUCUGAUGUUUUCACUGUAUAGUCUUAUAAACUAUUGUCCACGUCCACUCGUGGUGUAAAAUUCGGAUACCAAAGUAUGUUCAAAUUAACUUUACACUCAUUUAUUUCUUGUAUGUAUUUUCUUAUAACUUUUUGCCAUCUGUUCAAGAAGGAUUCUUUUCUGGUGAUGUAUCUUAUUGUCUUUUUUUUAUGUUUAAUUGGUAAUUGAAGGCGAUGUAUACCCCGGUAUGUGUAUACCUGGUCUGCAUUGUUAAGGAGUCUAGACAAAAGUAGAAACUAAUUUUAUAAUUAAUUUAUCAGCGUGUUCUGAUCACAGUGAGCGAUGUUGAGGUUUGAAUUUCUUGAUUCUUGUAAUGCUAUUUAAAGACUGCAAUUUCCGAACACAUCAUAAGACUUCUUACAUAUUUCUAAAAAGGUGAGAAAAACAUCGUAUCUGCUUAUUACUUCCCAUGUCAUAAGUUUUGAUGUUCGAUGUUCA